AUGAUUAAAAAAGUGUCAAAAUCUUUUAGUAACUUAGGUUUACCAAGGUCCAAAUCACUCAAUGAUGCUACUAACACAACUUCUUCUUCUUUCAUUUCUAUAUCAUCAUCACCGUCGAUUUCAAAAUUAUAUUCUAGACUAUUACAUAGUAAGAAUUCUUUCAAAAAACCUUCGAUUGCUCAAUCAUAUAAUGUACCCAUUGCACUGGAUCGUUAUUUAACCAAUGAAGGUCACCGUCUGGUUGUUUCUCAUCUACGUCUAUCAAAAAUUCAAACUGAUAUAAAAAAUGGCCGCUUACACAAUUUAACUGAAAAAGAUAUUGAUGAUUUUUUAAAAAGUUGCAAUGGUGUGGCUACGAAUUCUUGCGAAACUUUAAAUUAUCAAGAAUUAAAAUUAUCUCUGCCAGAAUAUUCUUCGCUGAAAUUGAUUCUGAAAUCAUUAUACAAAAACUCAACUGUCAUAACAUUGGAUUUAUCAUUCAACAAUUUAAAUGACUCUGAUGCAAAAAACAUUGCCAAAUUAAUCAAAAAAAAUAACAGAAUUAAAGAAUUAAAUAUAGCUUAUAAUAAUAUAAAUGGUGAAGGUGCAAAACAUCUUGCAAAAGCACUAAAAGAAAACAAGUCAAUAGAAAAAUUUAAUCUCGAAUCAAACGAUUUAAAUGUUGUAGGUGGCAAGCAUAUCGGUGAUAUGCUAAAGAAUAAUAACACUUUAAAAUAUUUACAUUUGGGCAGAAAUAAUUUACAAUUCGUUGGUAUAAAACAUAUAAGUGAAUCAUUAGUGAUAAACAAAUCAAUCGUCAGUUUAAGUUUAGAUUCCAACAAUAUCCAACCAGCUGGUGUAAAUGAACUGGCUAAAGUUUUAAAAACAAACAAAAAUUUAACUCAUUUAUAUCUUCCAAGUAACAAUCUUGGUGAUGUAGGAUUGAAUUAUAUAUGUAAAGCUUUAUUACAAAACUCCACUUUAAUCUAUCUUGAUUUGGAAUUUAAUAAUAUUGGAAUGGGAUUAUCUUCACUAUCCAAUGGCAAUAAUGGAGUUGAUGAUGAAGAUGAUGAAAAUGUUAGAAUAAUUGGUGCAAAAUCACUCGGUAAAUUAUUAGAAAAUCACAUUGUACCGAGAGCAAUAAAUCUAACAUCAAAUCCUAUUGGUAAUAAAGGGUGUGAAUUAAUAUUUUCUGGAUUUCAUAAAAAUAAAACUAUGGAAUCUUUAUUAUUAAGUAAUUGUAACAUCGGAUUAGAUGGUGCAAGAGUCAUAAGUGAAUCAUUAAAAUUCAAUAAUGGCUUGCAGAAUCUUAGUUUACACAAAAAUUUACGAUUAGGAGUUGAUGGUCAUUUAUUAAUAGCUGAUGCUUUGGAUAAAAAUACUUCGCUCAAAGGCUUACAACUAGAUUAUAAUUUUGAUGAAUGGGGAAGUGUUGGUGAUACAAUUCAACAAUGUUUAACAAGAAAUCAUUUCUUACAACAAGAAAAAUAUAAUACUGCUUACAGGAUUUUAAACGCUUCCAGAAUAAUCCUAAAUACAAAACCAAAUCAUAAUCAUCAAAAAACUAAAUUGGAUGAAUUACCAUUGGAAAUAAGCGAACAAAUUUUGUCCUUUUUAGACCCUAAAAAUGUAUUAACAGAAUUACAAAUUAUCUCAAUUAUAAAAUGGUCAACAAGGAAAGAUACUUUAGGAUCUACUUUGGAAGAUUUCCUUACUAAAACAUUAAGUGCCUAUUAUCCUAUAACUCCUGACGUACGACUUUGGCCAACUGAAGUUACUGAUAUUUCUGACAAAGUUCAAGGGAGACCUUUGAAUAAAGAAGAAACUAAUGAAGUUAUAAGGAGACCAAAUUAUGGGAUUAAAGGUCGUGAAACAGAAGUAUAUGCAAAUUAUUUUGAAGUAAAAAAGAUUGCAGAAAAACCAAGUCCUAAAAAACCAUUUCCGGACACUUUACGCGCCGUCUUCCAAAAAUUAGAAGAACAAGAACGUGAUGGAUGGUUUUCAGGAAUUGGCGUUGUUUAUGAUUGUACCUCAACACUUUACACAACUGAAUCAUUAAAUCUUGGAUCCGAAAAUAAAUUUGCUACUACAUUGGUUAUUUUGAAAGAAGAAGGCCAGGAUGGUGAAGAGCAAAAUAAUAAAUUCAAUGAAACUGAAUAUAUAGUUAAAGUUUGUAAACUUCAACGUGUCAAUCUCGAAGAUCUUGAAAAAAACUUCGCAGGAAAUAAUAUGGAUUGGAACUAUUUUGAUUUAGCCGGAAUAGACGGAAUUAAUGCAUUAAUUCACCAUAUUCCUUCAAUGAAAUAUGUACGAAUUGAUGAAUCGAUUUUUUUACCAUCUACUCGGAGAAGUUUAGGAGGUGGUGCAGAGAUAUGGAUGGGUUGGUUUGAGAGUUUUAGACCUGGACAAGUAUUUUAUGAACCGGGUAACCUGGUAGAAUUAAUUAAAAAGUUUUUAGGACUAAGGCCAACCGAAUUUCUUCCAUCCAGAUUGGACCAAAAUAGACAUGAAAGGAUAAAUAAAUUCAUAAAAAAUUUAAAAUUUAAUCUAACAUAUCGUAAUAAUAGGAUUAUGAAAAUUAAAGGAUUGAGCACUUUUAAAUCUUUUGAAGUUAAAUUUGAUUCCGAAGAAUUUGGUAAACAAAUAGACGUUCAAAAAUAUUAUUAUCUCAAAUAUAAAAAAAAUUUGGAAUAUUCGUAUCUUGUAGAAAUUAAAGGUCAUGAUACCAUUAAAGUUCCUAUUGAAGGUCAAAGAUUUAAAACUUCAAACUUAAGUGGUGAACAGAGAAAAACAAUGAUUAAAUAUACGGCAUUAUGUCCUAGAGAUAAUAUCAAAAGUUUGAAAGAAGGAAUAAAUAAUGUUUUAGAAUUUAAAAAUGAUGAAAAAUUAAAAGAAUUUGGCACUGUCGUUGAUACAGAAAUGACAAUUGCUCCAGCUCGUGUUUUGUCACCACCUAGUGUUUUGUAUCAUCCUAAUUCCAAAGCUGGCAAGUCUUUUGUUGCAGAUAAAGGUGUUUGGAAUCUUCGAAAUCGGAAAUAUAUUAAAAGUGGGACUCCCCUUAAUUAUUGGAUUGUGAUUGUAUUUUCUCGAUUUUCGCACAAUAUGCUUUAUUCUCUUAAAGGUCUCAUCAAAGAAUUUGUUAGAAUUAGUAGAGCUCAAGGGAUGGAAAUCUAUCAAGACAACCCCAGAAUUGAAUUCUGUAGAGAUGAGGUUGUAUCAGAAAUUAUUGAAGAAGAAAUUAAAAAACAAUAUCGCAAUGCCAAUAAAAUGUUAAAAAAUGAUAUACAAUUUAUGUUUAUCGUUCUUCCUGAUGAAGAUGAAAAACGGUAUCAUGCUGUUAAAAACACCGUUGACACUAUUCUUGGAAUACCGUCUCAAUGUGUACAAUAUGAUAAAAUAAAAAAAUCGUCACAGCAAUAUUUUGCUAAUGUUUCAUCAAAGGUCAAUAUAAGACUUGGAGGUAUCAAUCAAUCCAUUGAUGGAAUUAAUGUACCCUUUUGGAAAAACGAUCACGUCCUAUUACUCGGAGCAGAUGUUACGCAUUUUACUGGACAAGCAGGACCUACGGUCAUGCCCUCAAUUUGUGCUGUUGUUGGUUCUCUUGAUAAACAAGGUGGACAGUAUUUUCCCAUGAUAGAAAGUCAAAAAGUAGGACAAGAAAAAAUCGAAAACAUUAGUGGAAUGGUUUAUCGAAUCUUGUCAGUUUAUCAUGAAAAAAAUGGAGCCCUGCCUGAUCGUAUAAUCAUGUAUCGUGAUGGUGUAUCCGAAAGUCAAUUCAAGAUGGUUUUAGAGUAUGAACUCAAAAAGAUCAAGGAGGCUUGUAUAAAAUUAAGCGGGUCAUAUAAACCAAAAAUCACAUUUAUAACAAUAGGCAAAAGACAUCAGACAAGACUUUAUCCAAAGGAACAAAUUGAUACUGAUAGUGCUACAAGAUCUGUCUCAAUACCACCGCCUACUUAUUAUGCACAUUUAGCUGCUAAAAGAGCAAGUCCUGACGGAUAUGAGAAACAAUUUAGAUUACAUUGUCCAAGAUUUAAUUUUUUGAUUGUUUACAAAAUGACAGAGAAACGUAAAAAUGACCAAUACACUUAUAUUGUCGAGGAAAGUUUAACUGAAAAUCAAGGUGCAUCUGAUUAA